AUGGUAGUAGGUGAUAGGUUGGUAGAGGUGGUGGUAAUGGAGGUUGUGGUGGUAGUGGUGAUGGUAUUUAUGGUGGUGGUGGUGAUGGUGAUAGUGGUGGUGAUAGUGGUGGUGAUAGUGGUGAUGGUAGUAGGUGAUAGGUUGGUGAAGGUGGUAGUAAUGGAGGUUGUGGUGGUAGUGGUGAUGGAAUUUAUGGUGGUGGUGGUGGUGAUGGUGAUAGUGGUGGUGAUAGUGGUGACGGUAGUAGGUGAUAGGUUGGUAGAGGUGGUAGUAAUGGAGGUUGUGGUGGUAGUGGUGAUGGUAUUUAUGGUGGUGGUGGUGAUGGUGAUAGUGGUGGUGAUAGUGGUGGUGAUAGUGGUGAUGGUAGUAGGUGAUAGGUUGGUAGAGGUGGUGGUAAUGGAGGUUGUGGUGGUAGUGGUGAUGGUAUUUAUGGUGGUGGUGAUGGUGAUAGUGGUGGUGAUAGUGGUGGUGAUAGUGGUGAUGGUAGUAGGUGAUAGGUUGGUGAAGGUGGUAGUAAUGGAGGUUGUGGUGGUGGUGGUGAUGGUAUUCAUGGUGGUGGUGGUGGUGAUGGUGAUAGUGGUGGUGAUAGUGGUGACGGUAGUAGGUGAUAGGUUGGUGAAGGUGGUAGUAAUGGAGGUUGUGGUGGUAGUGGUGAUGGUGGUGGUGGUGGUCGCAGUAGUGGUAUUUUGA